AUGGAGAUUCAGAUUAGUUAUAAGAAUAAACACAGGAGAGCCCAAACGGCAGUUGCUUCAGCUUCAUUGCCAGUCAACAUCCCACACUGGUCCAAGACUCUCCAAGCGGAAUACAUAGAACAUGGGAAAACCGAUGAAGAUGUUAUCGUCGGCGGCGGCGGAGAAGACAACAGCGAUGGAGACGGAAGGGUUCCGCCGCAUGAGUAUUUGGCUAGGAGGAGAGGGGCUUCGUUUUUGGUCCAUAAAGGAAUUGGAAGGGCUUUGAAAGGAAGAGAUUUACGUCGCGUUAGAAAAGUUGUUUGGAAAAGAAGAGGUUUUGAAGGUUAA